GUCCCAGUAAUGGCACUGGCUUCAGUGGCGAAAGCUAACCUCGUCUGCGGUUACGUUUCCCUUGUGUGAAUAAAUCAUUCAUUUGCAAUUGAGACUAUAUAUUGGAGGGUUAGAUAACGAUAUGAAUUAUUAUGUUAAAAUGUGUAGAUACCAAUCUAGAGGAAAUGUGAAUGAAAUUCGUGUGAGAGAAACCAAGAAAGUCAUUCAUUGAAACCAAGUGGGAAAAAAAUCAGUACAAUAAUUAAUAUGAAAAACACCAAAAUAAAUAUAAUGUUGUGAAUAAAAUAAAAGACAGAAAAAGGAAAAACACGAAAAUAAGUAUAAUGAUUUUGUGAACAAAAUAAAGGACGAAAAAGGGGAAAAACAUAAAAAUACAUAUUAUGAUUUUGUGAAAAUAAAAGACAAAAAAGGGGAACAAUACGAAAAGAAAUAUAGUGAUUUUGUGAAGAAAAUAAAAGACAAAAAGUUAAAAACACGAAAAUAAAUAUAAUGAUUUUGUGCAAAAAAUAAAAACAAAAAAAGGAAAAACACGCAAAUAAAUAUAAUGAUUCUGUGAAAAAAAUAAAAGACAAAAAAGGGUUAAAAGACGAAGAUAAAACCGAAAACAAUGAUAAAAUAUCGGAGAGAAAGCAAUAGAAAGCAACAUCAAUCGAUGGAAGAAUAAGAAAAUAAAAGACUAAAAGACGUUAACGAUGAGCUACGAGGAAAUCCGAUGUCGGUGCUUCUGGGAGAAUCUACCGUACUGCGCUAGACUCCUGGGCGUUGCCACCUCAGUGGUCCUCUGGGGAGUUGGAGUAGACAUGGUAUACCACCACCAUACGCUAGGCGCCUAUAUAUUGGCGUUAUCAAUAACGGUCCUGUUCCUGGAAAUCACGUGGACUGUGACGUUAUUUCUGCGGGUGUGCGUGAGGAACGAAAACAGCGGAGUGCUGCACUGUUGGUCGAAAGUCCUGUGGUUCGACACGUGGAAAAAGGCCGUCGUGUACUGGAUCAGCGCCGGAGCCAUUCUAAUCAAACCGCAUACCCUGUGGCUUACAUCAGCGGCGGGUGGGAUGCUGAUAAGCCUUGGGUUCCUCCACCUGCUCCUUGUUUAUAAGAAGAAGUUGGAAGCCAAGGAGGCGUUGUUAGAGGCGAAGGAGGAUUCCUACGACAGCCGAUACGAAGAGGAAGUGGAAUCUUCUCCGGUGGAGAUCAACACAGAAGCCGCCGACCAAGACAGUUCGUCAGCCCACGACUACGUGCUACAAGUGUAGCCCCCCCAGAUAAUAUUAGCCCUCCCAAAAAAAGUGUAGCCACCCUUCGAGUCACUCCCAAGUGUUAGCCCCUCUGAAAGUGUAGCUCUUCCGAGAGAGUGGCUUGAUUAUUAUUAUUAUUAUCAAUUAUUAUUAUUAUUAUUAUUAUUAUUAUUAUUAUUAUUAUGGAACAAGGGAAAAUGGUUAUAAAUCCUAGCGAGGAAAUUGUAACACAUUACAGAUAACAACAAAUAAUCAAAUAUAAACACAUCAUUAUACAAAUAAUCUGAAACUACAGUGUCAUUGCCAAAGAAAAAUCUCGAGUCUUGGAAGAAACCGAGCGCAAGCGCGCUACAAAAGGUAUCCAAUUUGGAGAACACUGAGUACGAAACAUCCAAUGGAUAUCCACUUCGAGGUACGAAUUCGUUAGGGAAAGUCAAUCAUUUGAUCGUCUUUCCAAAACAGACGCGAUGCAUCAAACUCUAGCAAUUCAACGGUAAAAAAAAGCAUUAAUAUUAAAAUAAAAAAUAUAUGGCUUACCCUUUCAAUAGGUAAAAUAAGGCUUAUCCUUUCUUCAUUGUCAAUAUUAUUGCAGUUCACGUUUCUUAUCAAGAACAAGAGAAGAGAGAAGGGCAUAGAGUACCAUUCCUCUCCCAGAAGAAAGAAAGAUGUGAAAGAUGGUCGAAAUACAUUCAUGCAACAACGCCCAAAGCAGGACUGGGAACAUGUAAAUAGAUAUGGAUUUCAAAAAUUCAAAAUGACUUUAUAAAACCUGCGGUCAGCAGUCUUAUUAUCCUGAUUUUAAUCUCCUUGCACGAAAUAAAGAGAGAAUUCGAAGCAUACAACAUAUUGU